CAGCAAAAGUCAUUUGCGUUGCUUCAAAAGUCAUUUAACAGUCUUCAGUGCAGUCAUGCAGUUCGGUAUUUUCUACAAUAAAGGGAAUUUAUUCCAAUAUCUAGCCACACUUGCAGGCGCAUUUUCAAUCAUCAGUUCGGGGAUAAACUUGGGAUGGACCUCACCGUAUCUCCCCAAACUUCAAUCGAAUGCAUCCCACAUCCCCACAACAAGCGAUGAAGGAUCGUGGUGUGCCGUGGCGCCUCUGCUAGGGGCGCCUCCUGGUGCCAUUCUAGCUGCAAUAUUAGCCGACAAAAUUGGCCGAAAGAUCACCACCCUACUUUGUUCACCGGUGGUGUUUCUGUGCUGUAUUGGUAUUGCUUUCGCUGACAGCAUCUGGGUUAUUACUACGUAUAGGUUCAUUAUAGGAGCCUGUGAGGGGGCUCUAUAUACAGCACUGCCGAUGUAUGUAGGAGAAAUAUCGGACCCUAGUAUCAGGGGGUUGUUAACAUCCACCAUUGCAAUGGCUGGAAUAAUUGGAACUCUAUUCAUCAACAUUAUAGGUUCUUGCACCGACAUCUUCACAUCAAGUCUUAUAUCCGCACUAAUACCUUUAAUGCACUUCUCGGCAUUCGUAAUGAUGCCCGAAUCGCCCUACUAUUACAUCAAGAAACACAACUAUAAGGAAGCGAAAAGGUCCCUGGAGAUUCUACGUGGUACCAGUAACGUCUCCGGUGAAAUGGAUUCGCUAUGUAAAGCUGUUACAAGGCAGGAGCAAACCAAGAAAGCUGGGAUUUUGGAUCUGUUCACGGAAUCAAGCAACAGAAAAGCCGUAUGUAUCUUUGUCAUAAUUUGUUGCACGAAUAAGUUCAGUGGCAAAAACCCUUGCAUGUUCUACACCGAAAGCAUUUUCGAUAAAGCUGGAAGCAGUAUUGACCCCUCCGUCUCCGUCAUAAUCUACUCCUCCGUAGAACUUAUAGCUGUCGCCUUGUCCACAAUUUUCAUCGUAGAUCGUUUUGGUAAACGCAAACUACUCAUAACCUCAGCAUGUGGUUGCGGUGUAUCGGUGUUCUUUCUUGCUCUGCAUUUCUAUUUGAACGAAAUUUUCCCGCGCUUCGCGGAAACCUUCUAUUGGCUCCCCAUUACCGCACUAGUGUGUUACAACAUCCUAUUCAGCAUCGGUCUUGCAUUUGGACCUGUCACCGUGCUAAGCGAGUUAUUCCCGACCACGGUAAAAGCGAAAGCUCUCUGUUUAGCCGACACCUUUUCCGUACUCAUGGGCACAGUUUGCUCCAAAUUUUUCCAAAUCAGUAUCGAUGAGUUCGGCUCGAUGUACGUACCGUUCUUCUGUUUUUCCGUAUGUUGUUUCAUAGGGUUGAUAUUUAUAAUCAAGUUCGUGCCUGAGACCAAGGGGAAGACUUUGGAGGAAAUACAGCAAUACUUAAUUGGGGAUAACAACGCGAGAAGUAACUUCAAUCAAAUUGAAAUGCACUGAUUUUGAAGAUGAAGAAAACUUCGACAUAACAGGACUGACUACAAGAACUGAUUUUAUUAUUUAUUGUAUCAAUAUUAUUGUUGUUUAGUUUUAGGAUUAUACUGUACUGAAAAAACUUUAAAUCUAUUGUCAUUAAUUAAAUAAUUUAAUUAAAGCUACGGUAGGUACUUAAUGCAUAAUUAUUGUUGCCGUAAUUACCUGGGUUGUAAUUGUGUAAUUUAUGGCAGUCAUUUCUGAUCAAUUAAAUUAUUUCACUAUAAAACUGCAAGAUACAUUGUUAACUUAAAUACAUUGUAACUAAAGAGAUUGUACAACUAACUAUUUUUGGUCCAAAAUUGUCUGUAAGUAUUAUUAUUUUUCUUUUUUCUGGAGUCGAAAUAACUUCCUGACUUCUUGGUGGCCAAUUUUGGUCUCCACCGUGUUUAAAUUGAACAUUCAAAAUUUAUGUCUUGCGGUCUGCUGUGAACAUUUCACACUGGAAAAUUAAUUCAUGUGUAAGAUAAAAACACGUCAUAACUGAAAGCUGUGUUGUGACGUGAACUUUGGUACAGUUGUGGGACUCUGCAGGUAUCGGAAUGCGGUGAAUUGACGCGUUGAUACAUUAGGUUCCUGUCAAAACGGGAGAAGAAAUAAAAAAUGCCUAGGGGCCAAUAAUCAAGCGUUGGGACGUUACAGAAAGUAUAAAGAAUUUAAAAUGACACAGUUGCAUCUAAAAUUUUCAAAGAUUGAUGUACAUAUUACACCAAGUACGACAAAUUUUAACUAUAUGUUUUAUUAUCAAAUUAUUAUUAAAUAUUAAACCUAAACUGAAAGUGAAAAAUAGAAUGUACAGCAUUAAAAUAAAUAAAUGUUAUAAUAAAUAAACUAUUGUUAAACGCCUAACAAUGAGCUGUCUUAAAUUUAAUAAUGUGGGCGUGUACACACGUAUUUAUACCAAGAAAAAUGAUCGUACUGUUAAUAAUAAAUUACUUUUACAAACAUUUUUGCUGAAGAAUUUGUUUUAAUGUUGG